GGGCGGGAGGAACGGCGGCUGUCGUGACGUCACUUAGUGUUGAUUCUGAGCGUGUCUUCUAAAAUGAUAAGAAACAACCGUUCGUGGAUUCUACCUUCAGUAUUCUACUUCUCAUAACACUACACUUUGAACCAUAUUGCCGACAGCUCCACAACCGUUGGGCCGCGUGAAACCUUGUUGUUGAUCUUGGCUCGGAGAUGUUUCGGUGUCUUCCAUGGCGUUGUAACCGCCAAGUAGAUUUUCUUGAUCGCAGUCACUGUAGCCUUACCUUCGUACCCGAUGAAGUUUACCGCUAUGAUAGAUCUUUGGAAGAGCUGUUGUUAGAUGCUAAUCAAAUCAAAGAUCUUCCGAGGCCGUUCUUUCGCUUGUAUAAUCUGCGUAGAUUGGGUUUGAGCGACAACGAGAUCGCGCGCUUGCCUCCAGAAGUCGGAAAUUUAGCAAACCUUCAAGAAUUUGACAUCAGUCGAAAUGAUAUCUGUGACAUACCGGACAAUAUUAAAUUCUGCAAGAGUUUGAUCAGUUUGGACCUCAGCGGUAACCCCGUGUCGAAGCUUCCGGAUGGCUUUGCACAGCUCAAAAAUCUCACUACACUUUGUCUAAAUGAUGUGUCUCUGAUUCGUUUGCCCCCAGACAUUGGAAGUUUAACAGAACUCAAAGUACUGGAAGCACGAGAAAACUUGAUCAAAUACCUCCCAGUUUCCAUGGAGUUCCUAACAAAGCUUGAAAGAUUAGACUUUGGGUGCAAUGAACUUGAAGAACUUCCUGACAUAGUAGGGUCACUGCCAAACCUCAUAGAGUUGUGGUUGGAUGGAAAUCUGUUGAAGACAUUACCACCAGAAUUGGGAAGCCUCAAGAAACUUCAAAUCUUUGAUGCAUCAGAGAACAAGAUUGAAUAUUUACCAGAUGAAAUUUCUGGUUGUGUUGCUCUAACUGAUUUCCAUUUAUCUCAAAAUUUGUUAGAAGAACUUCCUGAUACCAUAGGAAAACUUAAGAAGCUGCAGUUGAUUAAAGUUGAUCAGAACCGGCUUCUUGCUCUAACACCUGCUGUGGGAGGACUUUCCAGCUUACAAGAAUUAAUUUUAACUGAAAAUCUCCUUGAGGAAAUCCCUUCGACAAUAGGAAAACUCCACAAGCUAACACAUCUUAAUGUAGAUAGGAAUAGACUUACAGCUUUGCCAGUUGAGAUUGGAAGCUGCACAAGAUUGAGUGUUUUUUCUCUAAGAGAAAAUUGGCUGACACGUUUACCAUCAGAAAUCGGCAACUGUAGAAAUCUUCAUGUUUUAGAUGUAUCAGGAAAUAGGUUGGAAUGUCUUCCACUAACAAUUGGAUCUUUGCCAUUGAAGGCGUUAUGGUUAUCAGAGAACCAGUCUCAACCAGUGCUUAAACUUCAAACAGACGACGAUGAACAGACUAACAGUAGAGUGCUCACGUGUUUCCUUUUACCACAACAAGGCCUUGGAAGUUUAGAGUCGCUCACAAAUGAUUUAACACAUGGAGUGGCAUUUGAGAAUCUUGCACAUGAUGAGAUGGGGGACAUUGCACGACCACGGAGUGGAAGCCUACCAGCAGUUCAGUUCGCAGAGGAUUCUGGAGACAGUGAUAAAGAGAGUACAUUCAUCAGACAUGACACACCACACCCUAGGGAUCUCAAAUCUCGCCACCCAAAGAUAACAAUGCACAAAGUGCACAAGGGCACAGAUCCUGUGGAUGGUGUGAUACUCAAGUCACGCAAGUCCUUUACAGAUGAGGAAAGUGGAUCUGAUACUGAAUUUCGACCAAGAAGAGCAAGUUUUGAAAUGAAACCUGAGAUAGCUGACAAAAAACAGGUAACGGUUCCAGAAGCAAGGAAUGAAAAGAAGGGAGUGGGAUUUGCUGUGGAAACACAAGAACAGACUGAAAAACAACCUGAGGAACAGGGUUCAGGUUCAGAGGAUGAUGGUGAAAGAGAGCAAAGAAUUCGUUUUGAAGGAGAGGACCACCCUGAAACAGAAAAGCAUGAUAAAUUACGGAGACGUGACACGCCGCACUAUCUGAAAAACAAGAGGAUUGAUCUCCAAUCAAACAACCAGGACAAAGUCAUGGAAAUAUUAGCUAAAGCUGGAAGCCGUGAGGGUGAUGAAGAACACAAAAAUGAUUCUAAUGAAGAUGGCAGACUUGAUGGGGAAACAGAAGAGGGUCCAGCACUAAAGAGAAAACCAACUCCUCCAAAAGGAUUUGUUGGUCUCACCAGUGAGGAAGAGAUAGCUGAAAAUGACGAUGAACAAGAGCUUGUUACGGUCACGAAAGUCGUGGAAGAGAUUGAAUACACGAUCCACCGGAACAACAAAGGCCUUGGAAUCAAUAUUGCCGGUGGAAAAGGUUCGACUCCUUAUAUGGGAAAUGACGAGGGAAUUUUUAUCUCUAAAAUUUCAGAAAAUGGUCCUGCAGGACAGGACGGGAUACUUAAAACGGGCGACAAAAUCAUCAAGGUAAAUGGAGUGAAUAUUUCCACCGCCACACACCAUGAAGCGGUACAUGUCUUGAAAAAUGCUGGAAAUGACAUCCACUUAGUUGUAGUUAGAGAAAGGGAGGAUCUGGAGAAAAGAACGGUCACCAAAACAUCUCGAGAAAACCUGAUGGCUUCAGAAGAUGGUGAUUUAAUCGAUGAAGCUCUGGAAGAGGCUUUCACUAAGGAGGAAGUGAAUGAAGUCCACCAGGAGCCAGAACCUGAGCAACCGAAGGUGACUGAAGAACCACCAAAGGAGGAGACGAAGAAAGUUGGCGUGAGAUUUGCUCCAGAACCUGAAAUGGAGGAGAUUCAAACGAAAACAGAGAAAGAGACAAUCACAUUAAAGCGAGGAGGCGAGAAGGGCCUGGGGUUUAGCAUCGCGGGGGGUCGUGGCUCAACACCUUACAAGGAUGGCGACUCGGGAGUAUUCAUCUCGAAAAUUGCUGAGGGUGGAACAGCUGAGCGGGAUGGAAGACUCCAAGUUGGUGAUAAAGUUCUUUCGAUAAACGGCAAAGACAUGAAAAUCGCGCGACACGAGGACGCGGUGGGCAUGUUGACAGGCGGCCUGUCGUACGUCACGCUUGUUGUCGUCCGUGAACGAGUGAUAAAUAAGAGAAUGUUACCUCUCUCUAAACUGCAGGAUCAGUCGAUACUUAACAAGAGAUUACCAACUAAACCUGAAAUGAACCACGUAACACCGGAGAAAGUAGCAGAUGUCAACCACACGGACAAGAAUGGAACCGCCGAGCUGGAUAUUGAGGAAAUCGUUCUCAAGAAAGGAAGCAGUCCCUUAGGAUUUAGUAUCGUUGGAGGUUCUGACCAUGCCAGUCAUCCCUUUGGAAUGGACGAACCAGGAAUAUUUAUAUCAAAGAUUGUUUCAAACGGAGUUGCCGCCACCACUCAUCUGAGGGUCGGAGAUAGAAUAAUGCUGGUAAAUGGAAAAGACAUGAGGAACGCUACUCAUCAAGAAGCCGUGGCAGCACUGAUAGCUAAUGUUUCACUCAUAAAACUUCUGGUCCGCCAUGACCCACCACCUAAAGGACUUCAGGAGGUCUACCUCCACAAAGGUCCAGGAGAGAGACUGGGUAUCAGUAUAAGAGGUGGCGCUAAAGGACACCCUGGUAACCCGUUAGACAAGUCAGACGAAGGAAUAUUCGUAUCUAAAGUGAACGAAGGCGGUGUAGCUUACAAAGAUGGGCGGCUUAAAGUUGGACAAAGAUUGCUGGAGGUCAACGGCACCAGCCUUUUAGGCGCCACACAUCUGGAAGCCGUGCGAUCGCUCAGAGGGAUUGGGGAUGAUUUAACAUUACUUGUUUGUGACGGGUUUGACCCGGCUGAAGUUCCCGCGGGACAGCACGCGGCCUGGCAAGCAAGUCCCGUAGCGUCAAUCAACUCUGGAAAAUCACAGAGCCAGGAGUCCUUGGAACGAGACAUCAUCCCAUCAAACGAAAGAGCGUACGAUGACAUUAGAAGAGAGAUUAAAAGACAGGAAGAAGAAGCUAGAAAGGAAACCGAACGGUGGGAGAGAGAAGAACAGGAGAGACAGGAAGCUCUUCGUAAACGUCUUGAAGAAAGCAAAGGAGCCGGUGAAGAGAAACUUGGUCAAAACAGAGCUGUUACAGGAUUGGAACAUGCCAAUAGAGACGCUGAGGUAGCUGAAAAGAUGAACAUCGAUCACAAACGUCAAAACAGCGACAUAAACGCGUCCUCUCCGCAGUCGCCAAAACGCACCUUGACCGCGGCCGAAAGACGUGCGCUAGAGGCAGAGAAGCGCGCAGCCAUGAGACAACAGCGCAUGCGCGAACUCGAAGAAGACGCUAUGAAAGCGCAAGUCGUUAUUGCCCAGGUGAAGGCAAUGUCCGCCUCUUCGCUCGAGACCCUCGCGAUCAAUUCCCCGGAUGCGGAAAGGAAAGCCAGUGAUAAUGAAUUUCACGACAGUAGCUCUGGAGGUCUGGGGCGAAGGUCCAGCGGCUCAUCAACAAAAUCAACAUAAUGCAGUGUACAAUUUACACAGAGAAGUAUUAAUCAUGUGACUGGAAAUUCUCAUUCAGGUUCUUAAUGAACUAGAGACUGGAAUGAGAUAUGCAGAAUGAAAAGGAGCCCUGGGACGGGUCUGUUUCCGUCGAGGACAUGUGAGAUGAUUGUUGGAGAACCAAAAGACUCGCGAAUCUGAACAUUUUAAUUAUUUUUAAGUACUUACUUUUAUGUUAGUAAGUUUAGUUUACAACGAAAUUUACUUGUAACAUAUAGCUUCUAUUUUAAAUCGUGGAAUUUUUAAGGAGUAACUUAAGAUUUCUUUUCAAAUUGAAAAGAAACCAAAGUGAAUUACCAAGAAGUUAUCCUUUUUUCAGUUACAAGGGAUCAGACAAAGAAAAUUAUCAAAGAGUUUGGGAGUUUUAUCGGACCUAGCGAGUUCUUAUCGUCUAUCAAGGUUUUAAAAGUCGGGAUUCGGAUAAUUUUGUUUUAUUUUACCUGUAAAUGUUUUAGUUAGAGAAGAUAGAUUUUUUUUAGAUAAAUGAAGAAGGAAGUUUGUCGCCGAGCGAGCGCUCCGCCUGAAUUUUGUUAUUUUAAUUCUAUUUUAAAUCUCCGUUUUUGCGCAUUUUACCUGCUAAAUUUCUAUCGUGAACUUUCAUUUCCUAAUCCAAAUGUGAUAUCGAUUUAUAGAAUGUAUUUUUUAUUUUAAACAUGGAGUGAGUAUGUGAAGUGAAAGUCCUGUUUGGCACUCAACUGAUUUCCUCAGAAAAAGGUCACUAUCAUCUGUUUUCUUGAGCGAAUCUGAAAGCUCAAACACUUCAAACUCGUGCUUGUUUUUAAAGGAAUCGUGUUCAAACAGCUCUUGAAAUAUUACAGACUACAGAAAAUUUAAAAAACUUACAAUUUACAAACUGUCUUACGGUUACGAUAUUUCAUUGCUCAACUCUGUUUGACACGUUUGCUUAUUAAUGAUAGCGGUGUUAGAUUUUGGAGAUGUUUGUCCUCAAGUUUCCGCAUUCAAGUUGUUAUCGAUAUAAAUACUUGUCAUCUAUUUGUACUUGUUCCUGUCACGAAAAAGCAUCCCGUUGACGGGAAAUCGUGCUCAAACAUUCCUCAAACCUGCUUCGUGUGGUAACGCAGUGCGUUUAGGAGGCAUGGCAAGACCUUCCAAGGUAGCUAAAGUAGCAAGCAUACUUCACCUGAUUCAAAUUUUGAUAUUGAGAUCUGUGGCCUUAUUCUUGAGUAGAAAAUAAAAACAACUUAUCAUUAAGUCUUAAAUCAAUGUAGAUAAGUAUUUUGGAUCUUUGUACAGUAUAAAGAGCUACCUUAAAGCCUGGAUACAAUUUAUAAUUCUCCUUACUUUCCCUUGUGCAUUUGUUCAAGGUAAAGUUGGGAGAAAUUUAACAUACAUAAUUUCCUGAUUACUCAAGUUUUAAUGAUAUUUUGAACAAAAUAGAAUUGGAACCGUACUCUGGGUUUAGGGGUUACGUUUGUAGAACACAUAUAUAAGAGUCGGCAAGUGUCUUGAGAUGUAACUUUCAUCAUUUCCUUAAGAAUUUGUUAUAUUUCUGAUUACUCCCCAUGGUUGGAGCAUCCUCGCUCCCCGGUCUUUGUUGGAGUUAAAUGAAACUGGGGCCGGGGAACAAGGCUUGCAUUUAAUGUUAAUAUCUCUGUGCUGUCUGUAAUAUGGCGCUUAAAGAGUUUUAUAAAUAUACAGACCAUUUAACAGUG